AUGCCACUUGCGACAGUUUGUAGGACUGUUCACAGGGUUGUGGAGGAGAUGAUGACCAUCCUCCACCGAUUUAUUCAUUUUCCUAAACCAGAGGAGAUGGAGGAGGUGGGUGGCGGGUUUGCUCGCCUUGCUGGCCAUGAGGCAUCGCUGUGCUGCAGGUGCCAUCGAUGGGUGCCACAUCCGGAUUGUUCCUCCUGCAGAGCCACAAAAAAGUGCUACAUAAACAGAAAUCUUUUCCCAUCAAUCAUUCUACGGGACACCUGUGAUGCCAGGGGUGCAUUUAUAGAUGUGUAUAUUGGAAAUCCCGGAUCUGUACAUGAUGCCCUCGUAUUGCGCAGAUCACCAAUGUACCAGCAUCCUAUUGCUAUUCCAUACCAACAGCCUGUUGCAAAUCGAGUUGAAGCCCGAUACAACAGGCACCACGCACAAUCCAAAAACAUUAUUGAGCAGACCUUUGGGAUGCUGAAGACACGCUGGCGUGCAAUUUUUUUGAGGGCCCUGGAGAUCAGGCCAGUAUUCACCCCAAAAGUGAUUGGUGACUGUUGCAUUCUCCACAACAUUUGUGUGAUGGGAGGUGAUUUUCUGGAGGAGGAUGAAAACCGUGGACAGGAAGACAGCGAGGAUGACAUGGACAAUGCAGCAGUGGAAGAGAGGGACCUAUCAGGGAACCAUCUUUGA